UGUCCGUGCACGGAAUUCUGCCGGCGCUGAACCUGAUCGGAAAAGUGUAAACAGUUCAUAAGACAAUCUGAAAAACUGAGUUCAAUUGUUUAAUUCGGAAUGACCAUCCUUGUUUUCUGCAUAACCUUGUCGCUCAAAUUGAUUGUCUAACGAAUGAUUAAUGCGAUUCAAAAUCCAAGCAUAGAGUUCUGGGUUCACCGAAGAUCUCUUCAAUAAUCAAACCUUAGCAUUCGAUGUCACUGACUACAGUAGUUCGCUGUUAUAGCAGAUUCAGCGCCUGCGUAACGAGUGUUCAGAUUGGCAUGUAAAUGUUUACUUUUCCACACAGCUGUAUCAUCUGACAAUCACCGUUAAGAACAAAUUCAUUUCGUCUUAAACGCAAUACUUGUUCUUUUCAAUAUCGGGGUUCUCCAGAUUCGACACAAAUGACAAAACCAUCAGUACCAUUGUUUCAAUCGCACGGAUGGCAAUUUGCAAGGGUAGAAUGAUUCGUUUUUCCCUGUACAAACUGAUGGUGUUGCUUUGUCUGCUACUUGCCUUCUUAUACAUAGCCCGGUGGCAAAUCGCUUUACAUAAUGGGAGCCAGACUCAUUUACAGCGGUUCAUGCACACCUGCAAUGUGUCCGACUCGUAUCGAGCUGAACUGGAGCAACUGUUUGAGAAAGUUCAUGAAAUUCUCGAUCGACAAGGGCUAACGCACAUGCUCUGCUAUGGCACACUAUGGGGUCAGAUACGAAUGACCAAAAUGCUUCCCUGGCGAAGGAAGGCUGAAUUCUGUGUGUUCAAUGAGGAACUGAUGGCCCGAGAGGAGGCACGCUUUCUGCGCUAUUUUUACUCUAAUGAUUUGAAAAUUUACUACAUCCACUCGGAGGGGGUGUACCGAAUAUUCUCGGAUAAUCCGGAGAGAGCUCCUUUCGUAGAACUGAUAGUGUUUCAGCGUGACGAUGUGCAAUCAAUGUAUAAACGAGUCGGAUGGAAACGUCGGCUGAUGCCACCGCACUGCGACUGGACACCGUCGCUGGAUUGCUUUCCGAUACAUCUGCUGGAGACAUCGUUGCCUAGACGGAAACUGGGACAUUUUUUCUACAGUGUACCAAUGGGAGGCAUUGAACUGCAAAAGUACCAUUACUCGGAAACUUGGUGGAAAGAUGUUCGAGUUUUGAACUGUUGAUUCUGUGAUUAUCUGAAAAAAAGCAUUAAGUAGGACAUAGCUGGAAGAAAGUAUUAAAUAAAACAAAGAUUAAAUCAA